AUGGCUCCCUCCAAACCUCGCCGCCGUAGUCGUCGUAGGCAGAGGAAAAUUCCCGUUACCGAACAAGGUUACGGCCCAGGACCACGGGCUCCUCCUUACAACGUCGACACUGACUCCUCUGACUCCUCUGACGCUGACUCUGACACCGAUUCGGAGGGCACUUACAUUCCGUCCAAGGAUGAAGCGGAUUCGGGAUCCGAUACAGACUCUGGUUCCGACACUGUUUCCGAUUCUGAGGGUACAGUCCGACUGGGAGACGAACUUGGGGAGUUGGAACUAGAAAAGUUCGAGAGAUCCUCUCACGUGAGCACUAGUGUCGACGAGGAGAGGGAGAUGCAGCUACCGCGUCAUCUUUUGUUGAAGCAAAGGCGAGAAAAAGAGAAAGCCAUGAUGUCUUCCCGCUCUAAGUCUAGCUCGUCCUCUGGGACUGUGCGGUACAGGCCAUAUCCAUCCCUCACAACUACUGACGUUAGAGCGCUCGGGCCUUGCGCUCACCUGUUCAAGAACUCCGAAGAGGAAACUUCCACCGCAACUUCCGAGUCGGUCCCUCUUGCUGAAGUCACUGGUAUCUCCAUCAAACGACAAGCAUCUCCUCCGACUCGCAGCGGAACAGCGCCUGGUCCCAGCGGGCACCUUGCGAACGACACCAACGAUGCAUCCUCUCUCGCAACUUCGGAGUCCAUUCCUCUCGCUGUUGUCAUCGGCCAACGAGAGACAGGCAGUCCCUUCACAGGCCCCAUCAGCGGCUCUCGCGAUGGAAGCCCUGAAGUAGUCAUUCCGUCCAAGACCAAAUCUGAGAUUCUGACAUGGGCCAAGACUUGUUCUCCCCGACAUCUUACACCACAACCUUCUAUCCUAUGGACCGAGCGUGCUACUUCUGUAGACGCCGAAGCCUUGAUGAACCCAGGUGCUGAUCGACCGGCAGGUCUUUCGGCACUAGAAUUUUGGACGAAGACAGCGCAGCCAAAUGCUGACCCUUGGAUUCUGCCGAGCGUGAGGGGUUCUACUCCUGGGUCUGCUACUGAGUCUGCUCCUUUAGAGCCCACUCAAAUUGCGGGUUCGAGUCGCAGUUCCUCCUCUAGAAAACCCAGCUCUAAGUGGUCUUCUACCACUAGCGUCCCGAAGUCUCCUUCGAAGAAAUUCUUUCGUGAUCGCGUUCGUGCCACUCGCUCUCGCUCUCGUUCCCACUCUCAUGCUCGGGUUCGUGCUCCUCGUGCGGCACCCGUCCUCCCCCCACUUCUCGCCUCUUCGGCCAGCGGCUCUGGAAGCUCCGCCCGAAACAGCGUAGACCGCUCGCCCCUAAGCAAUGGUUCCUACAAACCUUGGCACUACGUCCACUUCGUCCUCAACCAAUCCCCCCGCACGCUCUGUGCUCUCUUAAAGACGCGCACGGAAGACACCGCCAGAGUCCAACAAUUCGCACGUGCGGCCAACGUCUUUACCAAGCUUAUUAUCAAGGAGGCAAUUCGUCCCGACGGUAGCGUUGAGACGGAUUAUUGGGUCCUGCUGGUCAAGGAUGAAGAGACGUGCGAGCUGUUUUUGAAGAAGUAUGAGGAUGGGACGUGGGAUCUGCAGGAGUUGGCGUUGAGGGUUGGUGGCCUGGGUUGGGGAUGCCCAGCGGGGAUGAUUGAGAAGCAGUUGCAGGAUGCGGAGGAAGGAUUGACUGGGGGUGGGAGACCGUUGUUGCCGGCACAGAUGAUGGUUGGGAAGGACUUGGGAGGGUUGGUUGUUUGGUGUUCGAUGUCGUUGAUUCAGUAA